AUGGCCGCGACUUCGUCUGAAGUAUCGAAGAAGAUUCGCGCAGCAAUCAAGGCCAAGUUGGAGGAGUUGGGUGUUUAUGUGGACGAGGAGCUACCCGACUAUAUCAUGGUCAUGAUUGCGAAUAAGAAGGAAAAAUCGCAAAUGAAAGACGACUUGCAGUUGUUUCUGGGCAAGAAUUCUGCUAAAUUCGUUGAUUGGCUUUUUGACAUAUUUGAUCGUUUACAAACGGUCGGCACAACAACCACGCCACCGAACACAAGCACUCUGUCCUCUUCAUCGAACACUCAGCAGUUGUUGAAACGAAAAGAUAGUGGCGAUAACCAGAAAACAAUCGAGAAAUCAAAGGAUGAUUUGGACGUGAAGAAGAAAGAUCGAAAACGGCGUGAAAGCGAUGGUGGUUCGAAGGAAUUCGUCGAGAAAAAUAAGAGCUCUGAACAACGAAUUGUAAAGGAAGCGAAACGAGAGCAUGAGAAAGAGGAUAAAAGCAGCAAAAAACGUGACAAAUACGAAGCCAAAGUAGUGAAGUCGAAAUAUGCGGAGAACUUUACUUUAGAUAAUUUUUAUCAUGAUUUUGUUCUUGAAGUGAGUGUAGCAGCAAAACGAGGUGACGACGAGAAACGACCGGAAAAGGUCCAACGCAAAGAAGAGCGAAAAUUGAGUAAGGAGAAGAGCAUCGAGCAAAAACAGGAGGUGAAACAAGUUGCGGUGAAAGAAAGGAGUGUGAAGAAGCUGGAGAAGAAGAAAACAAAAGCAAAGGAAAAGGAAUUGCAACCGACUGAAAAACUUCCUGCAACUACACAACCACCAGCAGAAGCGUCUGCACAAAAAGUAUUGCGUAAACGAAGGAUAUCACCACCACCAUCAGCCAAAGGCACCUCACAAUCACCGUUGGAGCAUAGCCGGAGAUCGAGUGUCGCUCACCAGGAACCGCUAGAGAAUACGGCGACGGUGCCGCCGGCCACAGUUAAACCCUCUCCACCACCUGCACCACCUAAGGUGUCAUCAGUGGCUGUGUCAAGGAUGUCCCAAGUGGAGCAUCCAAAGACGGUAUCGUCGCAGAUAGUCGUCAAACGAAAAUUGCCGGACAAAGAAAACACGAAGCAAAACAGUGGUGGAGUGAAGUCGUUGUUUUUGAAAGCGAUCAAAGAGGCCGGUGAAACGACGCGAAUCGCGAGUCAGAGUGCGGGCUACGGAGGUGGUGCGGCUGCGUGUGCUAAUGCAGCUGGUGUGUCCGCUUCGAAGACGUCAACUCUGCGUAAACGAGAGAAUCUCAUAGAACCACCGAGAUCUGUGGUGAGUACUGCAACGAAACGAGAUGAUGACGAAUUGAGUGUGGUGGAAGACGAGGGUAUUGAAUUAGACGAUUAUGGUGAUGUGGAGGAUGCGUUGGUGGUAAUACCGGCGACAACGUCGAAAAUGAGUGGGGGACAGCAACAUGGCGGUAGCAGCAGCAGAUCAGUGGUACGUGGAAUAGAGGAAUGCGUGGAAAGUGAACAGGAGGUGGACUCGAUCGCACGUAAACGACGUAGAAUCACGACUGGCAGUGUUGCUGCUGGUGGCGGUAGUGGUGUUAGUGCUGGUGGUAUGAAAAAAGAUGAAGAACCGACGAAGUUUUUCAUCACCAUGAAAGGCGGUCAGCGAAUUCCCUCAACGAACCUGUCGAGUGAGAGCGUUCAGUCAUCAACUAAACUGAAAGUAAGCAUGGACGAUACAAAGAAAGAACCGGAACGGGCGAGAAAACGACGAAAUGAAGCGAAUCCAAUAUUGGCACACUUGAAACUGUCAGACGAUCGCAUCAGAAACACUGGCAAUACGAUCACCCGUAGAAUACAAUCAAUUGAAAAUGAUGGCGAACGAUUCGAGAAGAAACCGAGAAAGGAGCAGAAAAGUGGGCUGACCGAUGCCGAAAAGAGCGUCGAUAAUGAUCUGGUGUUGGCUUCGGAUGGUGUGGUACUGAGUGAGUAUUCGUAUUUUGUUGCGCAGGAUUCGGUGGAUUCAAGACGUACACCCGUAUGGGAUGGUCAGAUUCAGUUGCAAGAAGACGAUGAGAGCAGUGAUGAUGAAGCGCAAAUAGAUGCGGUGCUCGCGAGUACACAGCCAAUCACCGUUGGCUUCGAUGAGGUGCCACCCACUCCGACCUUAACAAAGCCGUCGUUCUUCUUGAUCAACAAUCAGUCACAGUCGAACGCUCGAUCUGGACAUGUGAGUUAUUUUAAGACAUCAUCGAUAUCCGGCUCAAUGACAUCGAACACGAGUGCUUUGGGUGGUGGUGCGGGUGGUGAGAAGUUAAUGGAGCGUUGUAAAUUUUGGCCAAAUUGUCGUCUAGAAGAGAACUGUAUUUAUAUUCACCCGAAUAAGCCGUGCAGUAAUUUUCCGAAUUGUCAUUUUGGAGAGCGAUGUCUCUACAUACAUCCACUAUGCAAAUUCGAUCGUACCUGCACGAAUCCGCGAUGUGUCUAUACGCAUUCACCAAAAGCAGUCAGUGGCGCAGCAGCCGUCACUACUACAACCGCGGCGAAUUCAACCGCUAAGACCAAUUCAAAUCAAUCAACAACAAAGAGUGAUUCUUCAGCAGUGACCAGUGUUAAAUCAUCGACUGCUGGGAAUACCCCUCAGCUGUCUUGUGCUACAGCAGUCAGCGCAGUUUCCACGCAUAAUACGACCACUAGCGUAACAUCAGCUAUAAACGCGCCGUUAAAUUCAUCGAUUCCGUGUAAAUUUGCUGGCAGAUGCGCCAACCCGAAUUGUUCAUUCAAACAUCCGAAGUUAUGUCGUUUUGGUGAGCGUUGCACGAAUCGAGCGUGUUACUUCUGGCAUCCGAAGUUGUUGAAUUCGACAAGUUCGCUGAAUGUUGUGGCCAAAUACAAAUGGAAAGCACCUCAGUCUCAGCCAGCCGCAUAA